AUGAACAUGAGUUCCCAAACUGUGGCCAGGAUUCCAGUGGUAGAUUUCUCGAAAGCGGACUGCCUGAAACCGGGGACAAGCUCUUGGCUCUCAGCACGCAAAGACGUUUGUCGGGCGCUCGAAGAGCUCGGAUGUUUCAUGGCAAUCCUACCCAGCAAAGUUCCUCCUGAACUUCACAAAACCAUCUUUAAUGCAUUUGACGAGUUGUUUAAUUUCCCCGUCGAUACUCCUGACAACCCUUUACGUGCUGGCUACGUUACUUCCCGUUCUGGGUAGAAUACCUUUGGAAUUAUUAAUGGCACAAACCCUCAAGAAACUCAGGAAUUCACACAUCUUUUUUGGCCAAAUGGAAACGACCAAUUUCGUGAGACUGCUGACUUGUAUGCAAAAGUGAUGGCAGAGAUAGAUGAAGCUGUGACAAGAAUGGUAUUUGAAAACUAUGGUGUAGAAAAGUACCAUGACGAUCACUUCCGAUCGACUUUUUAUUAUCUCCGGCUUAUAAAAUACAAAGAACCCAAGAAACUUGGAGUUGAUGUGGGUUUACGCAGUCAUACGGACAAGACCUUUUCCUCCAUACUCCAUCAAAAUAAUGUCAAUGGUCUGGAGAUCAAUACAAAGACUGAUGAGUGGGUAGUUUUUGAUCCUCUGCCUUCAUCCGUGAUAUUCAUGGCGGGAGACGUAUUUCAGGUUUGGAGCAACGAUCGAGUUCGACCGUGUAGACAUAGAGUGACAUUGAAGGAAAAUGAGGUGAGAUACUCGUUCGGACUGUUUUCACUGCAUAAAGGGGUGAUACAUGUACCAGAUGAGCUUCUGGACAAGGACCACCCCUUAAGGUAUAAGCCUUUCAAUCAUCUAGAAUUUCUUAGAGCACAGAAAGACCUCAGUGAAACUGAGUAUGCCGCAAAGGCAUAUUGUGCCAUUUGA